CGCGAGGGUGGGUGGGGCAUGUGGGAAGGGAGGGAGAGGGAGCGCGAGCGCGGACCCCGCCCCUCGGCGGCUGCACGCGUGACGUCGCCGGGGGCGCUGGCCUCCGCCCGGCUCUGAGCGCCGCCUCUCCCUGGAGGCCCGGCUGCCUUUGCUCCCCAUGGGCAGCUGCCAAGCAGGGCACAACGUGCAGCUGUGUCUGGCGCACCACCCGCCCCUGGUCUGUGCCACCCUGAUCCUGCUGCUGCUCGGCCUCUCCGGCCUGGGCCUUGGGGGCUACCUCCUCACCCACCGGAGCGGCUUGCGCAGCCCCGACAUUCCUCAGGACUGGGUCUCCUUCCUGAGGUCUUUUGGCCAGCUGACCCUGUGCCCGGGGAAUGGGACACCUACAGCACAACGGCCAGGCUCUCAUGUCGUAGGCUUACUGACCACGUUGACUUUUGGGGAUGGUCCAGGCAGGAACAAGACCCAGACAUUCCAAGCCAGCAUCCCAGGCCAUCAAGUGGGAUUGAAAGGGUCUUCUGCAGAUGAGUCCAUCCUCAUCACGGCCAAGGUGAUCCCAGGAAGGACCCCAGGAACUUGCCUGUAUUUUAAUGCGGGUGCAGGAAUCCUGCCCUCCAGCCAGCCACCCAUGCCCUGCCCCGAGGAAGCAGCAGGCAAUGGCAUCGUGAGCCUUCGGGUGAGGCAGGAGUGUGUCCACAUCUGGAGCCACGAAGGCCUGGUGCUCACCAAGCUGCUCACCUCGGAGGAGCUGGCCCUGUGCGGCUCCAGGCUGCUGGUUCUAGGCGCCUUCCUGCUCCUCUCAUGUGGCCUGCUCUGCUGUGGCACUGCCGUGUGCUUCCACCCACGUCGAGAGGCCCACUGGUCCAGAACCCACCUCUGA